UGUGCAGAGUUCUCCAGAUGUCUUCAUGAAACCUCCUGACCACUCAGUUGGAUUGGAGAGGGUGCCCACCUGCAUUAAGAUCUCAUUUGUAAAUCUGUCAAACGCCAACAUGUCUGACAAGAAGGCAGUGAUAAAGAAUGCGGACAUGUCUGAUGAAAUGCAGCAGGACGCAGUGGACUGUGCCAUGCAGGCUAUGGAAAAGUACAACAUCGAGAAGGAUAUCGCUGCUUACGUCAAAAAGGAGUUUGACAAGAAGUACAACCCCACAUGGCAUUGCAUUGUUGGCAGGAACUUUGGCAGCUAUGUGACGCACGAGACGAAGCAUUUCAUCUACUUCUACCUGGGCCAGGUGGCCAUUCUGCUGUUCAAGUCAGGCUGAGAUCCACACAUGGCCUCCUAAAACUCCUUUUAAUUCAGCCCUUAACACUUUGCGCCACACUGUACAUUUACUGCCACCUUUCUGCCGACAUGCUUUCAUCCUGGUUUCCUGCUCGCUUCAGUCUGUUAUUGUUUGCCACCUACAGCGCCACCACCAUCGGUGGGUGGCACUUUAGUCGUGCCUGGAUCGGCGAUGUGCCGUUCAUAGAGAAUGCCAGUGUAAAAACUACACCCCCAACCCCCCCAUGCCAGCUCUCAGUCAGCAUUUGCACAUCUGACAGACUCACCAUGGCUCAUAAUUUCUGGAUAUUGUUUUUGCUGUGCGUUGAUGCACAGAUCUUGUACAUUGUUUCAUAUGGGUAUGUUGUAUAAUAACUUAUUUUUCAUGGGAUUAAAAUGAGCAACGGACAGUUUUUGUUGAAAUGCCUUUUAAUUUUAAUGUUGACUGAGAUUAAAUAUAAAAAAAAUACCAGGACUGUUGCUUUCACUUAAUAAAGAAUAUCACCUUCUGA